AAGGACGGAGAAAAGAAAUGACCGGGGAAAGAAAGAAAGGAAGAAAGACUGUUGUGUUUAAAUAAAACAAGAAGGAUAAGAGAGAAGCACCUUCUUCUUCUUCUUUGUUACUGCUUCAACUUCUUAACAACAAUUUCACACUUUCACUUUUUUCCAAUUCCCGUUGGUUAAGUCACUCGCUCUAAUCCCACCUCUGCACUCGUUGUUGAUCGGUGAAGUUGGUGAGAGACAAAUCUUGAAGAGUUUUGGAUCUGUUUCCUGGGAAACCCUAGUUUUCUGCCGUGAGUAUUUGGAAAUUGGGAUUCUGUGGAGAUGCAAGCUGAGGAUGGGACUAGCAAUGGUGAUAAGUGGGCUGGGUUGGGUAGGAGGUCAGAUUCUGAAGAUGGAGAUUACGGGGGGAGAAUUCUAGGUGGAAAUAAUAUUGCUGGAGGUGAAGAAGGUCAGGGCUUGAAGGAUGAAGCUUUAAAGGAUGGGGUUGUGGUUGAAGGUGAAGAAGUUCGGGGUUUGAAGAAAGAAGCUUAUGAUAGUAGGGUGACAAGUAAAGGUGGGAAUGGUAUUGCUGAAGGUGAAGAAGUGUGGGUCUUGAAGCGUGAAGCUAUAAAUAAUGGGGUGACGCACGAAGGAGGAAAUUGUGUUGCUAAUAGGAAAGAAGUUUGGGGUUUGAAGAAUGGAACUGUAAAUACUGGGUUAACAGUUGAGGGGGGCAAUGGUGUUGCUGAAGGUGAAGAAAAAGUUCAGGACUUGAGGAAUGAAACUGUAAAUAAUGGAAUGGUUCUUGAGGGUGGAAAUGGUGUUGCUGAAGGCGAAGUUUGGGACUUGAAGAAUGAUGCCACGAAUAUCAGGGUUGUAGUUGCUGAUGGGAAUGGUGUUGCUGAAGAUGAAGAGGUUUUGGGCUCAAAGAAAGAAGUUAUAUAUAAUGGAGUGGCAAUUGCUGAUGGAAAUAUUAUCGCUUACAGUGGAGAAGAUCUGUGCUCAAAGAAUAAAGCUGUAAACAAUCAGGUGGCAAUUGCAGAUGGGAGUGGUGUUACUCCAGUUGAAGAUGACCGCUUGAAGAAUGAAACUGUAGAUCAUGUAGAGGUACUUACAAAUGGAUUUGGUGUUGUAGAAGGGAAGUCUGGUGCUGUUGAAUGUUUUCGAACAUAUAAGAGGCGCAAGCAUGUAAAACGUGCUUCAGAAUUUAAAGUUCAGGAGAACAGCAGAAAACAUUUGGAAGUGGAAACUUUUAAAAUUGAUAAUAAUGGUCAAGAACGUUCUUCGGAUUUAGAGUGUUUGCUUUAUAGAUUACAGAGUGAAGCUAAUGGGCAAGAAAAUGCUGUGCAUAAUGGAUUUUCUACUGAGCCUGAUGGCCAUGGUGCAACUGAAAGGUGUCAGCGUUUGUUCUGUGAUAUCUUAGCAUCUGAGAAGUUCAGUUCAUUAUGUAAAAUAUUGCUUGAAAAUUUCCAAGAAAUGAAACCUGAAACUGUAGUCGACUUUAGCCUGAUAAACUCCAGGAUGAAGGAACAAGCUUAUGAUGAAUCACCUACACUUUUCUUAUCUGAUCUUCAACAGGUUUGGCAGAAGCUUCAAAAUACUGGCCAUCAGAUUGUUGCUAUAGCCAGGAGCCUCUCCAACUUGUCAAAAGCUUCCUUCCGUGAGCGGGUUGUGAUUUCAGCGCACAGAUCCUUUGAAGACGGAAAACAAGUGGAAUCAAUCUCUCACAUGAAGCCGGAACGGAGACUGGAAUGUGUUACAUUCAAAAUUGGCAGCUGCAGGCAUUGUGGAGACAAAGCAGAAGGUGUAGACUGUUUGGUUUGUGAUUCAUGUGAAGAGGUAUAUCAUCUGUCUUGUAUUGAGCCUGCUGUGGAAGAAAUACCCCGCAAAAGCUGGUUCUGUGCCAAUUGUACUGCCAGGGGAAUUGGAUGUCAACAUGAGAACUGUGUGGUGUGUGAACGGUUGAAUGUCCCAAAGAAACUGGACGACAUUGUUGGCAGGGAAAUCAUCCCUGCAAAAGAAGAAAACCCAAAUGAAUUGGAGGAGAAUUCAAAUUGUACUUGUGAUGGGAUUCCAGUUUCCACAGGUCCAAGACAUCUUUCUGUCUGCAAAAUUUGUAAAAUGGUGGUGCAUCAUGGAAAAAUAAAAAUCUGUGGUCACUUAUUUUGCCCCAGUAAAUACUACCAUGUAAGGUGUUUGUCUAGUAAGCAGCUUAGGACAUACGGUCACUGUUGGUAUUGCCCUUCUUGUAUAUGCCAAGUCUGCUUCACCGACAAAGAUGAUGAUAAGAUUGUUCUCUGUGACGGCUGUGAUCAUGCAUACCAUAUGUACUGUUUGAAACCUCCGCUGAAUUUGAUUCCUGUGGGGAAAUGGUUCUGCAUAAAAUGUGAUGCAGGGAUAUUAGCAAUACGUAAGGCAAGAAAGGCACACGAGAGCAAGAAAGGGAAAAUUGGUCAGAAGGAUUUAAAGCCAAAUGAAGACAUUGACAAGAAAUGGAGCAGAAAACGUGAACGGGAAUCUGAUAAAGUUGGAGGAAUGGAGAUGCUUAUAACUGCAGCAAAUACUCUGAAUUCUGAAGAGAAAAUGAAUGCAAUCCAGAUUGAGUCAGAGAGAACAUUAACAUAAGGGCGUAUGUGCUAACUGCUAAUACCUAAUGUUUUCUAUUUCCUGCAUUUGUUUUAGAUAACUCAUUUUCUUAGGCUGUAAAACUACGAUAGAUUUUACUGACUUUUGGAUACAUGCCGUUUGGUGAGAAAGGAUUUUAGAGGCCAAAGAGCAUAAUGCAUCAAUAGAAACUGUGAUACAUGAAGUCUUGGUCCUUUUUGCAGGUCAUAUAGCAUUGUAAUAUAUGUGGAUGAUAUGAAAAUUGAUUGGCUACUUUUUUUCUCCA